AUGUCAGCGCCCUUGAAACUCAUCCUUCGUGUUAUUGUGGUGUUUAAUUAACGGAAUUUUGACCAUUUUGAUAGUUGAAUAUAGUUCUGUAACAAGACGAAUAUGAAAGUACAAUAUGUGCUUCUGCGCUACAGCCAAGGUGACAUGUUGUUGACGUAGCUAAUGCUAGCUAACGAUAGUUUAUUCGUGUGGUGAGGUUGGUAGCAUAACGACAUGUCGCUGUCUCUGGUCAAACGGUGUUGUCAAACAGCUCUUUUAAGACAUUUCAAAAUGUACAGAAGGAAACUACACAGUUGCACUCUGACAUAUACUGUGUUCAGACACCAGUGGAUGAAGAGGAUGCCAUUCUCCAGCAACUUCAACAUGUUCAGUUCAAAGUCUGACAAGGACACUGUUGACUUGUCCAAGUUUCCUGCGGACAGAAUCCGAAAUUUUUGCAUCAUUGCUCAUAUUGACCAUGGAAAAAGCACUUUGGCAGACAGACUGUUGGAAAUGACAGGUGCCAUAGCAAAGACUGACAAGAAUAAACAGGUGCUGGAUAAGCUGCAGGUGGAGCGGGAGAGAGGGAUCACAGUGAAGGCCCAGACGGCUUCGUUGUUUUACAGCCAUGAGGGACAGCAGUACCUCCUGAACCUCAUCGACACACCGGGUCAUGUGGACUUUAAUUAUGAGGUGUCUCGGUCCCUUGCUGCAUGCCAGGGCGUCCUGUUAAUUGUAGAUGCCAAUCAGGGGAUUCAAGCGCAGACUGUGGCCAACUUCUACCUGGCGUUUGAGGCUCAGCUCCCUAUCAUCCCUGUCAUCAACAAGAUUGACUUGAAAAAUGCAGACCCAGACAGAGUGGAGGCACAGAUUGAAACGGUGUUCGAUAUCCCAACUGAAGAGUGUAUUCGGAUUUCAGCUAAACUUGGUACAAAUGUUGAAAAGGUCCUCCAGGCGGUUGUGGACAGAAUUCCACCGCCAGUGAUGAGCACCGACAGCCCUUUUAAAGCCCUCGUCUUUGACUCCAAUUUCGACCAUUACAGAGGAGUUGUGGCCAACAUCGCAGUGUUCGGAGGUCAGGUCAGGAAGGGAGACAAGAUCGUGUCGGCUCAUCUCGGGAAAACCUACGAGGUCAACGAGCUUGGGCUUCUCCGGCCAGACGAGUACCCGACACAAAGACUGUUUGCAGGCCAAGUGGGCUACAUCAUCGCGGGGAUGAAGGAUGUGAAGGAGGCGCAGAUCGGUGACACACUCCACCUCCAGGAGCAGCCGGUGGAGCCUCUUCCAGGGUUUAAACCUGCCAAAGCCAUGGUGUUUGCUGGCAUGUAUCCAGUGGACCAGUCCGAAUACAUAGGCCUUCGCAGCGCCAUUGAGAGGCUGACCCUGAAUGACUCGAGCGUCAGUGUGCAGAGAGACAGCAGUCUGGCCCUGGGAGCCGGAUGGAGGCUUGGCUUCCUGGGUCUUCUACAUAUGGAGGUGUUCAAUCAGAGGCUGGAGCAGGAAUACAACGCCUCCGUUAUAGUAACAGCCCCCACAGUGCCCUACAAGGCUGUUCUGUCUUCAGCCAAACUCAUCAAGGAACAUGGUUGUGAAGAGAUUACCAUUGUGAACCCGGCCCAGUUCCCAGACAGAUCGGUAGUUUCAGAAUAUUUGGAGCCCAUGGUGCUGGGAACCAUUCUCGCUCCAGACAUUUAUACUGGCAAGAUUAUGAGUCUGUGCUCGAGUUGCCGAGCCGUCCAGAAGAACAUGGUGUACAUAGAUGACCAGCGUGUUAUGAUGAAGUAUCUCUUCCCUUUAAAUGAAAUUGUUGUUGAUUUCUAUGAUCUCCUUAAAUCCAUAUCCUCCGGGUAUGCCAGCUUUGACUAUGAGAAUUCAGGCUACCAGACUGCUGAUCUCAUAAAGAUGGAUAUACUUCUGAAUGGACGACCGGUGGAAGAGCUCACCACAAUAGUUCACAGGCAGCGUGCAUACAACACAGGGAAAGCCAUGUGUGAGCGCCUCAAAGACUCCAUACCCAGGCAGAUGUUCGAGAUUGCCGUUCAGGCUGCUAUUGGAAGUAAAGUCAUUGCAAGAGAAACGAUAAAGGCAUACAGGAAAAACGUUCUCGCAAAAUGUUAUGGAGGUGACAUAACCCGGAAGAUGAAGCUGUUAAAGAAACAGGCAGAGGGCAAAAAGAAGAUGAGACGAAUUGGAAAUAUAGAUGUUCCCAAAGAUGUUUUUAUCAGUGUUCUAAAGAGGAAAGACAAGUAAAUAGUAUUAGGACGUAGUUAUUAACACUGUUAUUAUUGUAUUCAACUGGCCUUUGGUAUUCAAAGACUAGUUUUACCUGAUCUGCCUCUGAAUAAAUGAAAUCAUUGUUGUUUUCUCAAA